UAUAACUAAAAAUAUCUUCAGUUGGCAUGCUUAGAUUCAGAUUGAUUAAACCCCCUUUAAAGCGGGUGCAUGGAUUUCAUCCGCAUUCCUGACUGACUUACUGUAAGUGCACGCAGGAACAGGAACGGAAGGACCGCCGAGUCAGCACGAGUGUAAGGGGGCGUGGGAGAGAGGAGGAGCUACCCAGGUGGUCGCGUAAAUACGCACACACACACAAACACUCGCGGAAUGAGCAGCACACAACUUUUAUGAAUGAACAAUAGCUGGAUGUGCGGCUACUCAGACGACGACGGGAGUAUUUUGAGUGUUUCAAAAGGUUUUUCAGGUCUUUGUAAAGAAAGUAAAGCCAAGUGGAGUCAUGUUCCGGAGAAGCAAGAGUAAAGUGCUGGUGGAUUACGCGUCUGAGGAGGAUGACAUGUCGUGGCACUAUAGCCACUCUUAUAAGGACAGAGACUUAGAAGUAGAGGAAGAAGAGGAAGCGGUCACCGUCGUAUCCAAGGAGGCCAAGGUGAAGAAGAUUAUGUCAAAGAAAGAGCGAAAGGACAAGAAGAUGUUCUCCUCAAAAGAUGACGAACACUUUUUGUUGACGAGAGAGACGCCCGCCGACCGCACAGGGUCUCACAAGAAAGUGAAAAAUGACAAAGACAGAAAGGAGAAACCUGAAAAAUCCCUUUGCUUCUGGGAAAGCGUCACCAUGACAAUCAGGCAAAUCUCUCCGACGAAAAAAACAGACAAGACUGACAACCGGGAGACGUCACAGUCCCCAAAAGACGCCUCGGAGGACCCUAACCAAAAUGGACGCUCACCUUCGCCGCCUACUGUAGAUGCGUCGGAGAACCCAGCCAAUACAGUCACGUGGACGUCCCGCGCCAGAGUCAAGCUGGCCGGCAUCGGCAGGAUCAGCAGAGGGAUGGUGACGGACGGCGGUACCUGGGAAGGACUCAAAUAGUUCUUAGUCUUAAUUUUUAAUGGCCUCUUUUGGCUACCAUCAAAAGCAUAUGAACCCCUUUGACACUGCUUGAGAUACCCGGCCAUUUUGAGCCUUGUUGGACAGUAUACAUCUAAUGAUUAAUGCUGAAUAUUUAUGAUUUUAGCACUGGAAAUAUUGACUUUCGGACAUUUUGGCAAGUGCCUUGAAGAAAUAGUAGGUUUGAUUUAUAAUCAGUUGAAACUGAAAACAAGCAACAUUGAGGCUACGUCUAUGCUAGAACGGAUGAUGGCUUUAAAUGUAUAAUUAGUUAAGAUAUGUGUUAGCAUGUCGGCUACACUAAUGUACCUCUGUGGAAAAAAAAAAAAAAAGUCAUUUGAAACCCUAUGUUUUUUUUUUUUAAACAUCUAAACAUGGAGGUGAGGGCUAUAAUUGCCGAGGUGGUAUUCAAGGUAUUUAGUUCAGUUAAGGAAAAUCAACCUAUUUUUAUUAAUUGGACAUAUAGAAUGAAGUUUUCAGUGUAAAUGCAUUUUAAGAACUAGAAUAUGCAAUUUCUGGCAAAAUUGCAUGGGGGUGCUUAGCGCUCCCAUCGUUCCUAGAAAUUUUGCAGCGUUUUCGGGUCACUUUUUAACUCAUUGGCUGGCAUUGACAGCGCUAGUGUUCAUUCGCUAUAUUUUGAAUAAAUUAUCAACAUUUUGGUUAUUUUUUUGUGUGGUCUUUUUCUGAUUCUACCCCCCUUUU